AUGUACAUUGGUAUUGAUCUUGGAACAUCUGGCGUGAAGGUGGCGGUGAUGGGAGGGGAUGGUGCUGUUAUUGACACUGCCACUGCGGGGCUGACUGUGUCACGACCCAAACCGUUGUGGAAUGAGCAGGAUCCGGCAGAGUGGUGGUCUGCCACUAACAAGGCGAUGAACAUUCUCAAGAGUAGGAACGAUAUGAAGAAGGUGCGGGCUGUGGGGCUCUCUGGUCAAAUGCAUGGGGCCACUCUUCUUGACAAACACGGCAAGGUCCUUCGCCCUUGCAUUCUUUGGUGUGACGGGCGCUGCGCAGAACAGUGCCGCGAGCUUGAGCGCCUUGUCCCACACUCACGUGAGACAACAGGUAACCUCAUGAUGCCAGGCUUUACAGCAGGAAAGUUGCUCUGGGUACGACAGAAUGAACCAGAUGUGUUCAGGAAGGUUAAAAAAGUGCUCCUGCCCAAGGACUAUCUGCGCUACCUCAUGACGGGGGAUUAUGCCUCGGAGAUGUCCGACUCAUCUGGCACAUUAUGGAUGGACACUGCGAAGCGUGGUUGGAAUGAUGAUCUCCUCCGUGCCUGCGGACUGUCGCAAGAGCUUAUGCCAAAGCUAUACGAAGGUACUGCGAUCACAGGCCACUUGAAGCCCUGCCUUGCCAAGCAGUGGGGCAUGAACGAGGUGCCGGUUGUUGGAGGCGGCGGCGACAACGCAGCCGGUGCAGUAGGCGCGGGCCUGUACAAGCCAGGCCAGGCGAUGCUUUCGCUUGGAACCUCCGGCGUCUACUUCAUUGUGUCGGAUGGUUUCCGUUAUAACACCAAGGAGGCGGUGCACAGCUUCUGUCACGCACUUCCUAAUUCAUGGCACCUGAUGUCAGUAAUUCUGAGCGCGGCAUCGUGCCUAGAUUGGGCUGCGCGCGUGACUGGGUGCAAAAACGUCGCCGAGUUCGUUGCUGAUGCUGAGAAAGCACAUCGGUUCGACGAGAUGCCUGUUUGGUUUCUCCCCUACCUGGCUGGGGAGCGAACACCGCACAACAACGCGGAUGCCAAGGGCGUUUUUUUCGGCUUGACGGCACAGCAUGGCCGGCCAGAGAUGGCGCGCGCUGUACUGGAAGGUGUGAGCUUUGCCCUUGCACAAGGAAUGGAUGCGGUGCACCGCUGCGACGUGAAGCCUACAAACAUCACGCUGAUUGGUGGUGGCUCGCGUAGCGCCCUCUGGCGGCAGAUGCUUGCAGACGUUACAGGACAGUCAAUCGAUUACUGCAGCGGCGCCGACGUUGGCCCGGCGCUGGGAGCCGCCCGCCUGGCGCAAGUGGCGGUGGAGAAGCGACCGCUGGAGGAGCUGCUGCCGCACCUGCCGCUCGUGAAGACGCACCACCCCGACAUGCAGCGGCACAAAGUGUACUUGCGCCGGCGGAGGAUCUUCGAGGCGCUCUACAAGCACCUGGAGCCUCUGAUGACGUCCAAGCUCUAA